AUUAUCUUCAUAACUAUAUACAAAGAGAGAGAAUAAAGAAACAAACUUAAUAUCACCGUAUACGUCACUGCCAUAAACCUAAGGACAACAAAAAUAGCAAACCAAAAGCUAAAAAACACACACAAAUACAACAAACUGGACUUGAGGCCGGCUAGAAAAAUAGAAAAAUAAAAUUAUAAAAUUUUUUAAGGCAUUCCUCUAACAAAGUAAACGCACAGAGAGGCCGCCGGCAGCAUUUAUCACAAAAAUUUUGAAACCAAAGAAAAAAUAGAAAUAAAGCACAACAAAAUAUUCACAAAAAUCCAUCACAAACAAAAAAAAAGCUCUUUGGGUUGUUUAAAGAACUGAAAACAAAGCACAUACAACAAUAACAACAAUACUCGCCAUAGUUAUAGACAAUGUGAUGAUGAUGAGGAGGAGGAUUUUCUGAGAAAACCAAAAAAAAAAAAAUUCUUGAGGAGAAAAAGCUUUAAAGGACAGGGAGAGAGAGAGAGUAUAAAGCUUUAAAAGCUUGAGAGAAGAGAUAAAAAGGAAAAUUUUGCAUUUGGCCACCCAUGUGGAAAAAACCUCGUAUCAGGCCCAUAAAUGGAUCGUUUUUGAUAAAGCUUUGAAAGCUUAAUUUUGGUUUUCUUCACAUAAAAGAAGCAUAGCGAAGACCCGUAAAAAAUUACCACCUACGUGCAACUUACUUAACAUGCUGCUCUACAACAACGAUUUCAUUCAAACCAAAAAGCUUUAUAUAAAUCACAAAACACGACGGAAAUCAAGCUCCCGAAAAAGCUCCCUCACCCACACCAGGCGAUUUCCUAUUUUCAAACAAAAACUGGGUUUAGAUUUUUCUUCACGGCAAGUGGGCAAACGAAGAAGAGCCUCUGAAUCACGACAUCUGCAUGAAGAAGCCAGAAGCUUAAAGCUUUUUCCUGUUCGACUUCUAAGCAAUAUCAGCUCAAACGAUGAACAAAAACAAAGGUUGUUGUGUCUGUCACAGAAAUAUAAGACUUUUUAUGAAAAGCUCUGCGGCCAGAGCUUUGGUGGCAAAAAUGUCCUCCCUAGUAAAACUAGUCCAGUAAAUUGUCAUAGCAAUGUGGAGCACCAUCUUAGUGGCAAGCCCAUGAGCUUGGGGAAAGCUUUGGGGGAUAAGAAAGCUUUUGUAACGGCCUUCUUGGCUAAUGACUUGAAACAAAGACUGGCUUUGCGUAAACGUUAUCUGAGGCGUAAAAGAAAAAGAAAAUCGGAAGUUGAACAACAACAACUCUAUCACAAAUGUCACCAACAAAAACCACAACAACAACUACUACUGCAAACCCCAGAAACAUUUAGGCCCUCACGGCCAAUAUCAUUAGAAAUUAAUGCCACACCAUUUGUAGAUUUUGCACCAGAGACCACAGCCAAGGUGGCAACAUUGGCCAGCGGGCCAGGACAACAACAACAACAAAAACUAGAACAACAAAUGUCACAUCAUCCAAAAACUCAUUACCACGGAGAUCUCCAACUAAGUCGAAAUUUAGCGCCAGCAUUUGGAGGUAGAGUUCAACAGCCUAGCCGGAAGGGGAUUAGCAGUUUGGAAAAACCCAGAACCAACAACAACCAUAACCACAUUCCAGCUAUGAUGUGGGAAAUGCUCAUUUUAUGGGCAGUACAUUUAAGUUUGACCGCAAUUGCAACACUGUAUGCGAAUGUCAGAACCGCAUUGUCACAAACCGCACAGCAGAUUGUAAGGGCUGUUAUUGCUGCCACAACACUGCCAAUUAUACAAAGAAUACAACAACAACAACACGAAACAGAAAAACAACAACAGCAACUGCAGCAUGGAAAACAUGUGGAGGAUAUUCAUCUACCAGCAGCGGGAGCCAGAUACGCAUCCGCAUCAUCAUCACGAUUACCACCUUCAUCAGCAGACGCAACAAUAUGGCCAAGAGCACCACCAGAGUUACCGCAAACAGAGAAACUCUCUUCAGCACCUCCACCACCAUCAUCAUCCUCCACUCUAUUAAUGCAAACUAAACCCGCUCACAAAAAACCCGUGCAUGGGAGGAACUUUCCCCCACAACAGAAAAAUCGAAUGCAGCCAGUGUCGCACUUACAAUAUCAACAACAACAACAACAGCAGCUGUCAUUGCCCUCACCAGCAGAACCACAGCCACAGCAUUAUAAGCAACAGCAGCAGCAGCAGGGCCAGGAGAGGUUAGGACAGCAGGUAAACAUCAACAACAUCACCUCCUCCAGCAAUGGCGGCAAUACGUGUAGCAGUAACAGCUUUACAGCCACCACCUCCAUCGCUGCCACCACCACCACCAGCAUUUUAACAUUGUGGCAACACUGUCAUCGCCGCUAUCGUCCUCACCAACUACUACCGUUACUGACAACCAAAGGACUUAAUAAAUACUCAUGGAUAUUUUUAUUAAUAUAUUUGAAUUUAUCUGCUAAAGUUUGCUUAGCAGGUUACAAUGAAAAGAGACUGUUACAUGAUCUAUUAGAUACAUACAAUACCCUAGAGCGACCGGUUUUAAACGAAUCGGAUCCAUUACAAUUAAGUUUUGGUUUAACUUUAAUGCAAAUUAUUGAUGUGGAUGAAAAGAAUCAAUUGCUGGUCACAAAUGUUUGGUUGAAAUUGGAAUGGAACGACAUGAACUUACGUUGGAACACAUCAGACUAUGGCGGCAUCAAAGAUUUACGCAUACCGCCACAUCGGAUAUGGAAGCCGGAUGUGCUGAUGUACAACAGCGCCGAUGAGGGUUUCGAUGGGACAUAUCAAACGAAUGUUGUGGUACGGAACAACGGCUCGUGUCUCUAUGUACCACCGGGCAUAUUUAAGUCGACAUGCAAAAUCGACAUAACAUGGUUUCCGUUCGAUGAUCAACGAUGUGAAAUGAAAUUUGGCAGUUGGACAUAUGAUGGAUUUCAGCUGGAUUUACAAUUACAAGAUGAAACUGGCGGUGAUAUCAGCAGUUACGUGCUCAACGGCGAGUGGGAACUACUGGGCGUUCCCGGCAAACGCAAUGAGAUCUACUACAACUGCUGUCCGGAACCGUAUAUCGAUAUAACAUUUGCCAUCAUCAUACGACGACGAACGUUGUAUUAUUUUUUUAAUUUAAUUAUACCCUGUGUUCUGAUAGCAUCGAUGGCUUUAUUGGGCUUCACACUGCCACCGGAUUCGGGUGAAAAGUUAUCGUUGGGUGUCACCAUUCUACUCUCUCUCACCGUUUUUCUCAAUAUGGUUGCUGAAACGAUGCCGGCCACUUCGGAUGCCGUGCCUUUGUUAGGUACAUAUUUCAAUUGCAUAAUGUUUAUGGUAGCUUCAUCCGUUGUGUCAACGAUUUUAAUAUUAAAUUAUCAUCAUCGAAAUGCUGAUACACACGAAAUGUCCGAAUGGAUACGUGUGGUAUUUCUAUGUUGGUUACCAUGGAUAUUACGCAUGCACCGACCAGGUAGACCGAUCAUUAUGGAUUUCACAUCGACGCCAUGUUCGGAUACAUCCUCGGAGAGGAAACAUCAGAUAUUAUCAGAUGUGGAAUUGAAAGAGCGCUCUUCGAAAUCCCUGUUGGCCAACGUCUUGGACAUUGAUGACGACUUCCGCAACGUACGACCCAUGACCCCGGGCGGCACCCUGCCCCAUAAUCCAGCAUUUUAUCGUACUGUUUAUGGGUAUUUAGAGAAUUUGCAAGGCGAUGACGGCAGCAUAGGACCGAUCGGCAGCACCCGUAUGCCGGACGCUGUUACCCAUCACACAUGCAUCAAAACUCAAACGGAAUACGAACUGAGUUUGAUAUUGAAGGAAAUACGUUUCAUCACGGAUCAGCUUCGCAAAGAGGAUGAGGAAAAUGAUAUAGCCAAUGAUUGGAAAUUUGCCGCUAUGGUCGUUGACAGACUGUGCCUUAUCAUAUUCACAAUGUUCACAAUAUUAGCUACAAUAGCUGUACUACUAUCGGCACCACAUAUUAUUGUCUCGUAGCUAUAUGAGAGAGGUGGUUAUUGUUAUUGGUUUUAUCAUAAAAUCAAUUUGUUAAUUAUUAAAUUAAUAACGAAAAUUUUUAAAUAAAAAAAAAUGAAUAAAACACACAAAAAAUCUCAAACCCCCAAAAAAUGCAAAAAAAAAAAA